GAUGUACACGGCCUCGGUGGGUUUGCAAGAGUUUGCAGAAAUGAUGAACUGGCCGGAAAGAUCAUUGUCCACAACUGAAGGGAAGAUUCUACAUGAUACGUCGGAGGAAAUCAUUUUUGAACAACCGCUCCUUCCGGCUGCCGGAGAAAAGAGCCGGGAGCUGAUGGUGGCAGUUCCUUCCGAGAGGGUGGUACACAACGACCUGCGAAUCGAGUUGGGAAGAGUGUGGAGGGUGACCAGUCAAAGAGAACGUACGUUGGAAAGCUUCAUGUACCAGGUGUCAGAGUUGAAAGCCCCGCAAGAAGGUCGCGCGCGCCGACCUCAGGGCAUUCGCAUCGCUUUUGUCCCGGCCAUUGCGUUGCACACGCCACACGCGACGGUCUUGGAGGAGCUCAGAGCCGAUCAUCACACGGAGGGGAUGGCGGAAGAGUUCGCACAGCUGUUUCAGUUGGAUCCCCAGACGAAGUUGAGUGACUUGCAAGUGGGGCAACGGCAAAGCAUUGCCAUCGUUCUGGCCAUGUUCCGCAAUCCCGAAGUGUUGGUGCUGGACAGGCCAUUGGCGUUCUUGACCAGCAGACAGCGACAAAAAAUGCUGAUCUUGCUGUCCUUGUGGCAAGCUGGUGGUAUUGACGCCCUGCUCCAAAGCUUGACUGGCAGUGAACUCUGCAUUGGGGAUCGAAGAUGGCCGCGGACCCUGAUCACCUCAUCGGAGGCCUUGGACUCCAAUGAGUUGCCGUCAAGCCUCUUCAAAGAUAUCCACACCAUAGACUUGGACGCCACAAUGGGUCCAGAGCAGGCUCGGUGCACCUUCUGGAGUGACAUGGGCCUGAAACUAUGGCCUGCUGAGGAAGCUGUACAGCUUUAAAAUCACCUGGAACGCUGGAGUCUGGCAGAAGUCACUCUUGAAGGUGG